UAAGAAAUGUCUAACGGAAGUAGAUCAACUAGUCGAACAAGAAUCUGAUGAACAAGUAAUACCUUUAUUCUUAACGGAACAAGUCGAAGUAAUUAAUGAAAAUAAUAAUUUAGAGAUAUCAAAUCAACAAUCAUCAGAACCAAAGGGUAUAUGGUAUAAUAUUAAAAAUG